GUGCUCCGCGGCCACUUCCGGGCCGGGCGCGGCGCAGGCCCCAGCUGUCAUGUUCCGCGCUCUGAGCCGCCUGGCGGCGCGGCCCGGGGGCCAGCCCUCGACCGUGCUGCUCCUGCCCGCGCGCGGCCGCAAGACCCGCCACGACCCGCCUGCCAAGUCCAAGGUCGGGCGCGUGAAAAUGCCGCCCGCAGUGGACCCUGCGGAAUUCUUCGUGCUGACGGAGCGCUAUCGGCAGUACCGGCAGACCGUGAGCGCUCUCAGGCAAGAGUUCAUGUCAGAGGUGCGAAAGAAGAUAUACGAGGCCCGAUCCGGGGUCCUGGCUGAGCGCAGGGCGCAGGAGGCCGCCGCGGAGCACCGGGAGCUCAUGGCCUGGAACCGGGAGGAGAACCGGCGGCUGCAGGAGCUGAGGAUAGCUAGGUUGCAGCUGGAAGCUCAGGACCAGGAGCUACGACAAGCCGAGGACCAGGCUCAGCGGGCCCGGGAGGCGCAGGCUUGGGUGCAACUGAAAGAACAAGAAGUGCUCCAACUGCAGGAAGAGGCAAAGAACUUCAUCACCCGGGAGAACCUGGAGGCACGGAUAGAAGAAGCCUUGGACUCUCCGAAGAACUAUAACUGGGCCGUCACCAGAGAAGGGCAGGUGGUCAGGAACUGAGCACAGAGGCUCCUAGGGGCCCAAAGUUCUGCACUCACCACCUGACCAGGACCUUCUGACCCCACAUACAAACUCAAGACAGCAUUAGACUCAGGGAGUUCCUGUCACACAGAGAACCAGACUGGACUAUGUCCCCUCUAGCAGCCAAGCUCUCCUCUGAGUCUCAUGGAGUACUGCGAGCCAAAUGUUUGUUGCUUUUAUAAAUAAAGUUUUAUUGGAACCCA